UCUCUCUCAAAUCAUACUCCGGCGACGGCGACGGCGAUGGGUGAAGCAGCAUCAGCAGCCGCCAUUAAUGUCAAUCUCUCUCCUCCUCCUUCUCUUCCACUGCAAGAUCGAGUCGCCAUUGUCACCGGCGGCGCUCGCGGCAUCGGAAAAGCCAUAGCAAUUCACCUAGUUUCUCUCGGCGCCAAAGUUGUUAUAAAUUACUCAUCAAGUUCCAAACAAGCUGAUCAAGUCAUCUCUCAAAUCAACGAUUCGUAUGAUAAGCCCCGCGCCGUUGCCGUGAAAGCUGAUAUUUCAGAUCCAGAUCAGGUGAAGAGUUUAUUUGACGCGGCGGAGAUUGCUUUCCCUGAAUCUGUUCUGAAGAUAUUUGUGAAUUCAGCUGGAGUUGUAGAUCCGAAGUAUCCGUCGAUUAUGGAAACAUCUAUUGAGGAUUUCGAUUGGACAUUUGGUGUAAAUUGUAGGGGAGCGUUUUUGUGUAUGAAGGAAGCCGCGAUUAGGUUAAAGAAGGGAGGCCAAGGGAGGAUUAUUUGUGUUACUACUUCUUUGGUUCAGGCUUUGAAAACUAGGUAUGGAGUUUAUAUUCCGUCGAAAGUGGCGGUGGAGACGAUGGUGAAGAUUUUGGCGAAGGAAUUAAAAGGGACGGGAAUUACUGUAAAUUGUGUGGCGCCAGGGCCAAUUGCGACGGAUCAAUUCUUUGCGGGGAAGACGGAGGAGAUGGUUAAGAGGCUUGUGGAUGAAUGUCCGUUGAAUAGGAUUGGGGAGACUAAGGAUGUGGCGCCAAUUGUUGGGUUUUUGGCUAGUGAUUCGGGUGAAUGGAUUAAUGGUCAGAUUAUUCGUGUUAAUGGUGGAUUUGCAUGUUAAUUGAUGAUGUUGAUUAAUGUGGAAAUUGUUACUCUAAAUUGUUCUAUAAUUUAAUAUUGUUCUCUUUGAUUUGAUUAA